GCCAAAUUGUCAAAACAAAUUUAACCAAGAUGUCGGAUAUAAAUGACGACUUGCUCAACUACGAGCUAGGAGAUGUCGAGGAUCCGGCCCUACUGAACGAAGACGAUCUGCUGCUCUCGGACGAUGAGAGCGGUCUAAGAUUGGAUCAGCAUGAGGAAGAAUUCCUGCUGGGAGAAUCGGAGGAUUGGGUUGCAAAACAACUUGCGGCCAAAGAGAAAGAGAAAGAAAAUGCACUACAACCACAGCAGCAGCAACAAGAAUCAGAAAAAUCAGUCAGCAACAAAAAACAAAUAGCAUCUGUAUCGACCGGUGUGGUGCUUCCUUCGUCUGUCUCAAGCCGGGAGGUUUCGGUCCUAAAAAGACCAACAACGCGUCGUAGUGGAACGCCCAAAAGCUGCGAGGAGUCUCUGGCUCCUAUUCUUGCUGUAGAAACUAAAAAAGAAGUACCAGCACCUCGUUACACACAGGUGACGGAAUUAGUGCUUCCCAAGACAGAAGCUUACAAUCCGCCUGCAUUUGUCAAAGAAGAGCCUCCCUCCAGCGAGGAAUCUUUCAUUCCUGCCUCUACAGAAACCGAAUCUAUAACCACGGAUACCAUCACUGAAAUAUCAUCCAUUUCCGGUUCAACACUGGCAACCGAAACAGCAUCCGCAACGUCUCUAGUAACCGAUUCAUCGGUUUCGCAAACAGACUCGGAGGUUUUUUGUUCAAAACAAAAUUAUCAAACGGAGGAUGAAAUCAAUGCGGCAAUUUCGCAACGGGAUGUGCCGAAAAUUAUUCUUCCUGGAAGCGAAAUCAAAAUAUCACAAGCCAAUACAGAUAAAUCUACCAGUCAGCUUUGUGAUACUACCUCAUCGGAAGAUGUUCUGGAUUUGUACGUUACGAACCAGGAUCGAGAGCCUGAAUUUUCAUAUGAUACAGACGAAUCCACCGAGAAACGGGACUGGAAAAACGAAGCUAAGCACAUGGACGGAGGUAAUAAGGCCGCAUCGAUGCUGCGAGAACAACAGCAUCCACAACAGCAUCGUCAUCUCUCCAAUAGACCAAACAAUUUCAAACAUUCCGGUGAUUCCGGAUCAUCUGGCAACGAACAGCAACAUUUCGCUCCCCUUGGGAUGCCUCCUCAUCCUGGCGGUCCAAACUUCGGACCCGGUCCAUUUCGCGGUGGUAUGCGACCAAGGUUUCCGCCUCGUCCAGGCUUCCCUGGAGACAUGAAUAACUUCCGCAAUAACCGAAUGAAUUUCCCAAUGGGAGGUCGACCUCCCUAUCCUCCUCGGGGACCUCCUUUCGAUCACAUGAUGCGACCGGGCAUGAUUCGUCCUGGUGAUCGUCCACCAUUCGAUCCGAUGCGAGGGGGACCUAGAAUGAAUCCUGGUGGACCUAUGUUCCGCCCGAAUGGUCCCGGUGGGCCACCAGCACCAGGAGGACCGCCUUACGGGGGUGUUCCUAUCGGUGGCCAAGCAGGUGGACCGUCAAUACCUUCCGCUGGACCACCUGGUCCAUUGGGCUCCAUGCCACCACUUCAGCAGACGCCGCUUCUGAAUUUUGACACUGCACCGUUGGCAGCAGCAACAGUACCGGCGAUACCGGCGGCUCCUGUGUUACCGAGAAAGGUGCUAAUAAAUCCAAAUUUCAAAGGAGGUGUCGAGGCGGCGACCAGUCAAAUGAUGCGCGAUGCACUCAGCAGCCAGCAGUUUCUGGCGAGCAUCAACAAUCGUCAAGUGAGCGACGAGGAACUUUUACGCCAACAGGAAGAAUUCAUCAAUAAAAAUCGGAUCGAAGUGGAAAAACGACGUUUCGAACGGUCUCCCUCGCGGGAACGGGACCGUGAACGCGAUCGUGAUCGGGACCGGGAACGGGAACGGGAACGGGAACGGGAACGCGAGCGCGAGCGUGAACGUGAACGUGAACGGGAACGAGAAAGGGAGCGUGAACGGGAACGCGAUCGCGAUCGGGAACGAGAACGUGGUCGCUCACGGGAGCGGGACCGGGAACGUGAUCGCGAGAGAGACCGCGACAGGGAACAUCGAGAGCGAUCGAGAGAACGGUCGCGUUCCCCUCGGCGGCAUCGUGCCCUUAGUCGCGAUAGGGACAUGAAUCGGGGAACGAGACGAAAUUUCCCCUCCAGGCGUCACGGAAGCCGUGAUCGGGAUGAUGACAGUCGGUAUCCGAAAAGGCGAAAGAGCAGUGACUACGGGGAGAAUCGAAAUAAUAAUGACAAAAAAGACGAUGACGAUGAUCCCGAGAUUAAGGCGUAUCGGUUGGAGAUCGAAAAACAAAAGGCGAUCCGUGAGAAAAUUCUCAAAGACAAAGAGAUGCGACGCAAACAAGCAGCCGAAGAAAACAAAAAGAAUAAAUCUUCGGACAGCAGAUCCGAAGAACCAACUCCGAAGUUUACACCCAUUGUGGUAACUGAGAAGAAAAUUAUUUCCCUGAAAAAGAAGUCCGAUUCGUCAUUGAGCUCAGAUAAAACUUCGGAAAGGCAUUCUUCGUCCAACCACGAAUCAUCAUCCAGGAAGCCGUCACUGCCAACCGAACACAGCAAGAAGACACUGUCGUUGUCGUCGACGUCAUCGUUAUCUACCCAGAUCGAAAAUGAUUCACGUAAGCCGUCGUCAUUUGCUCCGGCACCAACACCGGUGGCUUCGCGUACUCCAAGUCCUCCCAAGCGCAAGAUUAUCGAUAAUCGUGAUGAGCUGGAUCUGUUCCCAGACGAGUAUGAGGAAGAGUUACUCCGGGAACCGACUCCGUCUCCGCCUAGAGAGAAACCUUAUACCAACACUAGCAGCAACACUGGAAGUAGCAGCACUAAUCGGGGGGAUAGUGGAUUCAGCUCCAGCAACCGUCGAAUCGUGUUGAAACCGGUAUCCGGGUCCGAUUCACGCCACAGCGACAGGGACAAGCCACAUACUAAAAAACUGAGAGUAUUUGAUAGACUAGAUAAGCGGAUAGGUGUCAAUGAUGCGGACAAACGCAAACUUCAAAGGUUAGUCAAGGAUAAUUGAGACAGCUGAGAAUGGGAUUUAGUUUGCUCGACACAAAUUAUUAUCUAAGUGCACGCGUGUUGACCCUCGUUUAACAAUUUAUAUUAAUUUUUUUUGUGUUGACUCCAGGACAUUCUUUAGUGUAAUUUAUUGUACAGACAAGAGUCAAAGUUUAUGUCAAGCUGUGUAGGUAUAAGUAACAUUUAUUACGUUUAGCAUUAGGAUUUUACUGUCACAAACUAGUAGCGUUUUAAUUUGCUAAAUAAUUAUAGCCUGUUCUCGCCGAGACGAGCUUGUUUCGAGAGUGAACGAAACAAUAUUAUCACUGAAAUAGGCUUAAGUUAUACAGUUGUAAACAACUAGGUCUGCUAACAAAUUAAAGGGCAACAUUUUCUUUCGUCUGCCGUAUUAUCCCGUAACUACCAUCUGUCUCGAGAUAAAUUAGAGGUCUCGGUCAGAAAUCCUAUCACAGUUUUAAGUAAGUUUCGUGAACACGCUUAACUUCCCGUCUACUUUGUAAGUUUACUGUAAUGAAACAAAACAAACAGAAACUGUGAGAGUUAGUCGUUAGGCAUUAAUUAACAAAAUUUUCAACUAAGAAUAAUCAUGCCGAAAAAUUUAGAAGGAAGAUAAAUUGCAUACGAACAUACAAACACAAAUCAAAAACUAAAA